CCCACGCACAGACGGGAGCAGGUACGGCGCUGUCGGGCUCGGCCUCGGCGCAGGCCACGAAGCUGACGGCCGACGGGUGUUCACCGAGCCUUCGCAGCGCAUGUCCAGGCCGCUGCCGCAUCCGCCAGGCCACGAAGCGUCUUCCAGCGGCCCGCACUUGCCGCGCGACGCCAGCCGCAACUCCAUCCAUGCCUAUCCCACCUCUCCGCUUGCGUCCGCCCCGUACUCUGCCCAGCUGCCCGGCUCCGCCCAGCCCCACCCUUCGAGCAUCGACCGCCGCACCUUGGUGGGCGUCGGCGAGCUUUCCACUCCGCGAUGGCCUGGUUCCGGCGUCCACAAUCGUGCUCCCAGUAUGCCGCAUAAUAUGGGCAGCCCCUCGCGUCUACCGCCCCGGCCGCAGACGCCCACAACGGUCCAGCAAGGGGACCAUUCGACGGUACGUCCGAGGCCUACCUCGGCGACACAGUCGCCUCCCCGUCCGCGCGACACAAGAUCGCCAGCCACACAGCGUGAGACUCUUACAGCACCAAACACUGCCGCCCACGAUGGAUCACUCUAUUCGCUCGCUUCCCUGGCGCAAUUCAACUUUGACUCGUCAAUGGAAGCAUCACUAGCCGCCUCUCUUGCGACAUUGACGUCUCCAAAGAUGGACUCGCCAAAGAUGAGCUCGUCGGACUCGUCAAAGAUGGACUCGCCAAAGAUGGACUCGCCAAAGAGCCCAGUCUUACCCCGACUAGAAUCCAUACUCCCUCCUUCGCCGGGGAGUGCUCGUUCGCGGAUAUACGCUCGUCGUCAGGAACGAGCCAAUGCAGCAGCCAGCAUUUCUCAACUUCCGGGUCCUUCUCAAUCUCUCCAGCCACCUCAAACACUUCAACCACUCAAGCCACCUCCACCCCCAGGCUUUGCCGAUUCCCAGACAUUUUCACAGCGCGCGAGUCGUGAUAGCAGAAAAACCCCUCCAAACCCCUCGCGCCACAACCCUUCCCACGACAUCCUCAAGCAAUUCGCCGUCAAGGACUUUUCGCACCUUCCACCUAGUCCAUCAUCUGCCUCAAUCAAUCAGUUCCUCCGCGCAAGUGGCUCCACCCAAAAUAUCUCUUCCGGCACUCCUCCCGGCAGCGCGUCCGCCUCAAACGCCUACUUUCCAUCCAAAGGCGUUCAGCGUGAAGACUCUCAAAAAUCGCAAAAGUCCCAAAAACAGCAACGGACAACGCCAAAACCGAAAGAGCUGGAUCCGAAUGUCGACGAGGCGCUGAGGAAACUCGAUGGGCUUACCGGCACCCCCGGAAAGAACAAGGCAAAGGGGAAAUCAUCAGGCGGUCCCUCUGCUGCCAGUUCACGCCCUGGUACCCCUGUUGCCGAAAGCAAGAGCAGGUCUGAAGGCAAGAUCCCUUCUAAACCAAGUAUUGGCUCCUUCAAGGACGCUACGGGUUCCCCACUCAGUAACUGGAUUGACUUGACUGAAGAUCUCCCCGCCAUUCCUAUUCCACGCGCACGUAUCCCGCCCAAUCGCGAGUCCUCUUCCUCUGCGAGCGUAACCGGUACGCCCAAUUCGCACGACUCACAGUCCUUGCCCACUACAGCGACGACCAUGUCUUCCGCCGAUUUGGCGAGCAGCAGCAACAAGCCGCGACGGGCCAGUGGAGGGAGUGAUACGUUUGCAGCACAGGCCGGAGUCCAUGUAGACCAGCCCGAAGAGACGGAGAAGAGUGUUCCGCCGGUACCCCCGCUUCCCCAGGUGUACGUCAACAAGAAGCAGAGCAUGCCCGCACAGUCUAGCGCCAUGCGACCGCCCAGCUACGUGCCCAUGCGUGAACCUUCACCCGAGCCGCCUGCUGUAUCUUCACCUUUUGAACCCGGAUCACCAUCGACUACCGCACCCGUGCCCGUGCCCGCCCAACCAAAGAUGCACAAAAAGUGGUCCUUCUCCUCGGCGCUCAACCUCAAAUCGGCGGCAUCGUCUGCAUCCUCGGUGGACGAGAUGAGAAUGACGACACCGCAAAGUCCCCAGACGCCAUGGUCUGAAAUCCAUCGCGCCGAACUCUUCUCCCCGAGCUCUAGUGUUCACGGCAAAGAGUCGGCAGGUGGUGAUUCCGGUCCGCAGGGUGCAACACCUCUCGCACCGCCUUCAUCAAAGGCUUCCAACGUCAACAAACGCCUCACGCCUUCUUCGAUCCCCUUCUUCCGCCGAUCCUCAUCCUCUUCAUUCCAAAGCAAGGCUAGUCAAUCGGUAGCGCCUCUGCCCGUGCCGUUGCCCGAGACGCCCAAACAGACUGAGAAGACGGCCGCCGUCCCAAGCUCCCAGUCGCGCAAGUCGGUGCUGGGGAUGCAUUUCCCGUCCAUGCUUAGAGGAAGCUCGUCAAAACGCGGUCUGGCGCAGCAAACGAGUCAAUCCCAAGUUUCUGCAAAGGGAAAGGAAGAGGUCAAGCCUACAAGUGCGCCGAGCGCGAGCGCGACGUCGGGGUGGACUGGCCGGAAACGUGGAAAGACACUCUCCAUAUCUGGAGAUCUUCCAAACCCAUUCCCAGGCCUCAAGCACCAGUCUUCAGCGGACAGCUCCUUUGGAACCCGUGGUUCAGCGGUUUCAAGCAAUAGCGAUGCGACGACCAUCAGCGGCAGCAACACAUUUGACCGUUUGCCUGCGAUAAUGGGCUCGCCUGCUCGACCUCCGGAAGGUGCGAGGUACUCCAACUCUCCGAGAAACUUGCCUUCCACCACGCCUACCAAGAUUCCUCGGAUGACCCAACGCCCGGCUCCAUCGCCGGCGACUGUGACCGCCCACAGCGGGAUGCCGCCUCCCCCAUUCCCUACGACCAGGAAAAUCAGCAACACCGUAUCGGGCGCAGGCGAGCAACAGCAGCGCGGCGGUCCUCCUGUAUCAGAGUUUGGCAUGGUCGACGGUAUACCACAUAUGCCAACGACGCCUCGCCUGACUACUUCAGGUGCUCACCGAGCUCAUUUGCUUGCUCCCAUGUCGGCCCGACAAGAGACGCGUCGCGUGAACAAUCGGCCUUUUGAUCCGCCCCCACGCAGCAAAGAAGCGUACACCGGCGCCGUCCCGCCUUCGAGAAGGCACCUCCCUCAACCACCGCCCGCAUCGACUGUCACCAGCAUGACGCUUUCCGCCAGCGCCAAGCGCGCAAGCCGAGAGUUCAAGAACAAGCGGCGGGAAUCCAAGGACGGACAGGACGGGUCCUCCUCUGGGAAAAACUCGCCUGUCAAGCCAUCAAAAUCUAUGCACUCAAGCAUGGCUGUGCCGAGCUCUUCCCGCCUGCCUUCUUCCUAUUCCGCUGGUACUCCCGGUUCGAAUUACCGCAAGCUGUCUUUGGCCGACUCGUCGCCCUCGAUGAGUCCCGCGGACGAUGAUGAAGCUAGUGGAGAUGCGGAGAUGGAGGCUUAUAUCAAGAGGCGACGAGAGCGCGCAGCGGCGAAUAAGAAGGAUGACCUGUCGGAUGUGACCGAGUUCCCGAGGGAUAUCACCCCUGUUGAGCCCCUCUCUCAGCGCGCGUUCAUCACCAGGAACCUUGCAAAGAUGUCUGACGCAGAAAGGAAGGAGGUGCUCGAUUUCGACUAUAUCUAUUACAGUCCCACCCCAGGUACGAUCCGUCGGCCGUCUCAGCCGGGAGGAGCCAUGUUCAAUCACGGAUAUGAUGAUGAGCGAGGUGAUUAUCUCGUGGUGGAGGGUGAUCAUCUUUGUUAUAGGUACGAAGUGGUAGGUAUUCUAGGUAAAGGAUCGUUUGGGCAGGUCGUCCAAUGUCGGGACCAUAAAACGGGCAAGUCGGUAGCAGUUAAAAUCAUUAGGAACAAGAAACGGUUCCAUACUCAAGCGCUGGUGGAAGUCAAGAUCUUGCAGCAGUUGAUUGAAUGGGACCCCGAAGACAAACAUUUCAUGGUCCGUAUGACUGAUAGCUUUUCUUUCCGCAACCAUCUCUGUAUCGUCACAGAGCUCUUGAGCAUCAAUCUUUACGAGCUUAUCAAAGCAAACCACUUUGCCGGCUUUUCGACAGUGCUCAUCAGGAGGUUUACCACCCAGAUGCUGGGUUCCUUGCAGUUGAUGAGAUCACACAGGAUCGUUCACUGUGACUUGAAGCCCGAAAAUAUCCUGCUCUGUCACCCCUCGAAGAGCGCGAUCAAGGUGAUUGAUUUUGGAAGCAGUUGCUUGGAGACAGAGAAGGUUUACACUUAUAUACAAUCCCGCUUCUAUCGAAGUCCAGAAGUUAUUCUCGGCAUGAACUACGCCAUGGCGAUUGACAUGUGGUCUCUAGGCUGCAUUCUUGCCGAGCUCUAUACAGGUGUUCCCAUUUUCCCCGGGGAAAACGAACACGAGCAGCUGGCCUGUAUCAUGGAAGUCCUCGGUGUGCCCGAUCGCUAUUUGAUUGAAAAGGCAUCACGACGUAAAAACUUUUUCGACGCUACCGGUGCACCUCGUCCUUUCGUCAAUGCCAAGGGUCGACGACGACGUCCUGGAUCCAAGACCCUAGCCGGCGUCCUCAAAUGCGAUGACGAGCUUUUCGUCGAUUUCAUUGCCCGCUGUCUCACUUGGGAUCCCGAUAAGCGCCUCAAACCUCAACCCGCUAUGCGUCAUCCUUGGAUCCUGGCAGGGCGAAGGCGUUACGCGCCAACACCUAGCCGCGACGAAAAACGUGCCACUACUACUGAGCGAUCUUCGCGAUUGUUCGGGACCUCACAUACGUCGACAAGAAUCAGUUCGAAGAAUCUCUCAGAAUUAUCAACUUCUAGCAUGAAAGACAAGGAUAAAUCUAAACUCCUCAUUUCCUCGCCGGUGCCUUUGGCGCCUGCAAAGCACCCAUAUCACGCCUCGACCGCUUCGACAUCAAGGAUUGGCCAAGCCAUGAGCUCUUCAAGGCUUGCUCAUCAAACUUCUGCCAGAAGUGGCUCUCUCACUACCUCAAAACUCAGCAUUGGCUAAUUCACGAACUUUUCUGCAUCUUUUUUAUAUAUAUCUACCUUUUCUAAUCCGUAUCCGAUACUUUACGACCUUCUAACUGUAUAUUGACAUGACAACGGAAGAUUUAGUAGCAUAAAACUCCUCGCUGUAUAUACAGAAGUUACGAGCAUGCCGCCAGUAGAUGAACGCAGGCUUUAGAUCGGGCUUCAUUGUACAAUUGUUUCAUUUAUGCACAGUCUAUG